GCAUUCUCCGGAGGAGGAAGCAAAGGGCAGGGAGCCGGGCUCAGCUGCCUACCUAGCUCUGGGCUGCACCAGCUGGAGACAAGGCACCCUGAGCAGGAGCAGCUCCAGGGGACUCCAGGGGACUGCAGACACUCCCGCCAGGGGCUCAACAGGAACAAUGGGUAACCAAAUGAGUGUCCCGCAAAGAGCUGAAGACCAAGAGAACGAACUGGAGGCAGAAGCUAACAAGGGGGCGCCUGAGUGUGAGUGUGGUCAAAACGGGACGCCGGUGAUGAUAUCGACCUGUGACAUUCCAUUCCAUGGCGAAGUCGACUUGGGAAUAAGUGUCAAGGAGGAUAAUGUGGCCACUUCUUCCCCCAAGACAAUGGAGAUCAGCGCUGUUGCAGAUGCCAACGGAAAGAAUCUUGGGAAAGAGGCCAAACUCGAGGCACCAGCUGCUAAAUCUCGUUUUUUCUUGACACUCUCGCGGCCUGUACCAGGACGUACUGGAGACCAAGCCACGGAUUCAUCCACUGGAUCAGUGAAACUUGAUGUCAGCUCCAGUAACGCUCCAGGAAACAAAGAACCAAGUGAGAGCGUGGCACUUCCGGUGGCAGCUGCACUGGGGCACGACCCACAUAAAACCCCAGGCCAGAGCCCGGCCGGGGACGGAGGCUUCUCUGCCACUGGGGGACCGGCGCCUGCCCCACCUGAGUCGGGAGGAGCGGCCCCCUCCAAGCCUAGGGACUCCAGCUUCUUGGACAAACUCUUCAAACUGGACAAGGGACGGGAAAAAGCACCAGCCGACAGCCACCAGGAAGCCAAGGGUGCAGAGUGUCAAGACCAAGCCCAAGAGGUUUCCGGAUUGUCCAGGCCAUCUGAUGAUGUCCCUGCAGAGAGGGACAUAGUGGACAGCAAGGGGAUAGAAAGACAAGAGGUCCCCAUUGUGAGCUGCUCUGUCCCCGGGAACCCAGAAGAACUGGAGACUGCAAAGGAGGACCCCCAGACCACAAAUACAACCGAGAAUAAUAAUUCCAUCAUGAGCUUCCUUAAAACUCUGGUUUCACCUAGCAAAACUGAAACAAAAAAAGAUCUGGAAGACACGGCAUCCAAACCAGAAAGUGUCUGUGAUGGCCAACCAGGACAGAAGACCUGUGAGAGCCAAGCUAAAGGCGUCAAGAAAAAGCACCUGCAUAGCCCCAGGCUAGGAUUCGCAUUUAGAAAAUUCUUUAGGCAUAAGGGUGCUGAAAAGUCACCUGCCACUUCAUCUGAUGUCAAGUCAGACAAAGCAAACUUUAUCUCCCAGGAGACCAGAGGGGCAGCUAAGAACCCUCCAUCCACGGAUACUGCAAAAGAAACUGCCAAGGAAAAGGGGGGACCCAGCUCUCUGCCUCUGGGCAAACUAUUCUGGAAAAAGUCAGUUAAAGAGGACUCAGUCCCCGCAGGUGCAGAGGAGAAUGUGGUGUGUGAAUCACCAGUAGAGGUUGUAAAGUCCGAGGAAGUAGACUCAACCUUACAAACAGUGGAUCUCAACGAAGGAGGAGAUGCCACCCCCGAACCCAUAGAAGUAAGACUCAAAAGAGAAGAACGCAAACCACCAAGAACCCUCCUGAUGACGUUUCUCAGACAAAUGUCAGUGAAAGGGGAUGGAGGGAUCACCCACUCAGAAGAAGUAAAUGGGAAGGACUCCAGCUAUCAAACCUCGGACUCACCGGGGAAGGCUGUCACACCCCCGGAGCCGGAGCCGGAGCCGGAGCCGGCGGGAGCAGGCCAGAAGGGCAAAGAGGGUUCCUCCAAGGACAAGAAGGUGGCGGCUGAGGGGAACAAGCAGAAGAGCCACAAGCAGGAAGCCAAAGAACCGGCCCAGUGUGCGGAACCGGCCGCGGGCGAGGCGAACUCGCUGCAGAAUGGGGACAAGCCCCACAAGAGGCAGGAGAAGCGGCGACAGUCCCUCGGGGGCUUCUUUAAGGGCCUGGGACCAAAGCGGAUGUCGGACGCCCAAGUGCAAACAGACCCCGUAUCCAUCGGACCGGUUGGCAAAUCCAAGUAAACAAAUCACUACAGUUCCCACCAAGUUGUCCUGCCAGCGAGAAGUCUGCUCCCUACUCCAUUUCCUCCCCGAGCCCACUCCGUGUACAUAGUUUUCUUUGAAUGGCCAUCCAAUGAAAUUCUGCCUACAAAUUAAGCCUGAGCUGUUGUAUAUUGAGGUGUAUUAUUUACGUCUCUGGUCCAAUCUUUUCCGGGAAAGAGUCGUCAAGAUGGUUUAGCCGGUGAACCAGUCAGGUCGGGAGACUUGAUGGUUGCCAGGCAGGGGUGGAGCGGGCGGAGGAAGGCAUUCUGAGUAAGUUAUGUGAAAUGGCAGGGGCAAGUAAGUUGCAGAAGAAGGAUGCCGGCUGGAAGGAAUUAAGCUUUGUAGGAAAUACAUGCUCAUCCUCUACACUCAAAGAGGAGAGACAAAAAUCCUUUUAAGUUCACAUUUCGAGGAGGGACAGCAUGGGCUCUGGGGGGGAGGGCGGGGGCGGGGGGGUUGCCAAUUUCCUGGAAUGGAAUGUGUGGGAAAUGAAAAAGGAAUGAAUAAGCGUUGCUUGUCGAAUAGGGUCCUUGAAAGUUAUUGAUGAGAAAGGAAAAGAUUGACCGCAGAGGGUUUGAAAUGAUUUGGGGAAACAAUUGCUUUUUGAAACUCAGUGAGGAGGGCAAGGAUUACAACUUCAAAAAAAGAAAAAAAAAAAAAAAAAAAGCAGAACGAGUGAAUGAAGUUGCAAGUCUACUUUGCAACACAAGGGGGCACUGAGGUCCCCAUUUUAAUCCUGCGUCCCAUAGCCCUAACAAAGAUUUGGUCUCUGCGAUCUCACAUUAUUAAUGCUUCUCAGAUGGCGGAGGGGCUUGCUUCAUCUGUUCUGUCUGACACUUAUCCCAAGUCUGUCUGUAAUUUCCUAAUGUUCUCAGGAUGUUUUCUGAUAAAACCCUCCCCAUAACCCCAGUUAAUAAAAAUUUCUGGAAGAUUAUUCAAAUACCCGAGGUUUUCUUAAUACGUGUACAGAGGAGUAAAUAGGACCGUGAGUCUAUUAAAAUGUAAUUCAAAGUAGCAUAUGAUUGACUGAUACCAUGUAUACUGUAUCUUUCUUUUUCUGAUUUAA